UUUCUCGAAUCACAUGAUCACUUUACGCGAAUUCGUCGCUGUCUUCUCAAUCUCUACGCACACUUUUCCAUUCAUUCAAUUCUCCUUUUCUUGUUGUUAAUUUUUUUAUACCGUAAAUACUCCAAAUUUGAUUUUGUGUUACACAAUUAUUCUUUUUUCUCUUUCGUGAUUGUAUUGCAUUAGAUACUUUGUUUUCUUUCUCGCUUUUUUAAUCUGCGGUUUUCGUUAUCCUUUCGGGGUUUUCGAUGAUGUUUCUUUUGGGAUAGGGGAUAUGGGUGCCGACGGUGAUUCCAGCGAGCACCGGGUUCAUGGCGACGGUGAAGAAGGGGGAGGUAGUGUUACAGUUAAUAUUCGAUGUUCUAAUGGUUCGAAAUUUUCGGUGAGGACGAGUCUUGAUUCCUCGGUUGGGACAUUUAAAUCAAUUCUUGCUCAGAAUUGUGACAUUCCAGCUGAUCAGCAGCGCUUGAUCUACAAGGGUCGCAUCUUAAAGGACGAUCAAACCUUAGUCAGUUAUGGUUUACAGGCAGAUCACACUAUUCACAUGGUUCGAGGUUUUGCCCAAGCUUCAGCACCACCUUCUGCACCUGCUUCCAAUGUUAAUAUUAGAAGUUCUGACACUGCUCCUGGCGUUACAAGAGGUGUUGGUUCUACUGAGAGUGGUGCUUUUGGAAAUGCUGGCCUUGGUGCAUCAUUAUUUCCUGGACUGGGUUUUAAUCCUCUUGGCGGGGGUGGAGCUGGACUUCCGGAGUUCGAGCAAGUGCAACAACAGUUGACUCAAAACCCGAACAUGAUAAGGGAAAUAAUGAACAUGCCUGCAAUUCAGAACUUGAUGAAUAACCCUGACUUGAUGCGGACCUUAAUUACGAGCAAUCCUCAGAUGCGGGAUAUUAUUGACAGGAACCCAGAGCUUGCUCACAUUCUCAAUGACCCUGGUAUCCUUCGACAGACGUUAGAGGCUGCAAGGAAUCCUGAACUCAUGAGAGAGAUGAUGAGAAACACUGACCGAGCUAUGAGUAACAUUGAAUCUUCCCCCGAGGGAUUUAACAUGCUGAGGCGGAUGUAUGAAAAUGUUCAGGAGCCAUUUCUAAAUGCAACAACGAUGGCUGGAAAUGCUGGGAAUGAUUCGAGUGCAAACCCAUUUGCAGCUCUCUUGGCAAACCAAGGGGGUGCACCAGCGAGGAACGAGUCUAAUAAUUCUUCAACUACAGGAUCAGAAACAACAGGAAAUGCUGCUCCAAAUACAAAUCCACUUCCUAAUCCCUGGGGAGGAACUCAGACAACAACCACACGGCCUACUCCAGCUGGUGAUGCAAGGGCUCCUGGUAUCGGAGGAUUAGGAGGGGCUGGCCGUACAAAUGUGGAUCCUCUUGCUGGUGUUGUGCCAGACGCGGCUCAGAUGAAUCAGUUUCUGCAAAAUCCAGCUAUUUCACAGAUGAUGCAAAGCCUGCUCUCCAAUCCUCAGUAUAUGAACCAGAUCCUCAAUCUGAACCCACAGCUACGGAGCAUGGUUGAUAUGAAUCCUCAAUUAAGAGAAAUGAUGCAAAAUCCAGAGUUCGUUCGCCAAUUAACUAAUCCUGAGAUGAUUCAGCAAAUGCUAUCAAUUCAGCAGUCACUCCUCUCUACCUUAAAUCGACAGCCGUCAGCUCAAGACUCUGCUCAAUCAGGUGCUGCUGCUACAGGUGUUCCUAGCGCUGCUGGAUUGGAGAUGUUAAUGAACCUGUUUGGUGGGCUCGGUGCUGGCGGGUUGGCUGUUUCGAACAAUCCCAACGUGCCCCCAGAAGAACUAUACGCAACUCAACUUUCACAGCUCCAAGAGAUGGGCUUCUUCGACACCCAAGAGAACAUCAGAGCUCUACGCGCUACUUCCGGGAACGUUCAUGCUGCUGUCGAACGACUGCUGGGAAAUCUCGGGCAGUAAAUCGAUAAGAUCUUACCUCUUUUCUUUUGAAAUUUAAUUGGGAUUUGUCAUGUAGUAGUGAAAUUUUAGAUCUACAGUCACAAAACAGCAGCUGCACAUGCCACAGAAGAGACACACAGGUUACGUUUUGGAAUCUGAAUAAUUGAAAGUGCCCCAUGAGAUAGAAAUACAUAGACUUUGUGGAUAUUGUUAUGGAUCACUAUAUUAAAUUUGCCCCAUCCCUCCAAAAAAGACUUGUAAAUACAUUUUAAACGUUUCAAAUUUCAUUGGAACUCGAUCGGCAGCAGUUUUUUUAGUUUC